GGAAAAUGGCGUGCCUGAAGCAUCCCCGAUAUCCGUGUGGGAGGCCCACAAAAGUGUCAUUCGUGGUAUAUUUAUCCGCUUUGCGUCGCAAAAACGAAAAGCAACUAUGAUUGAGAUGACCGACUUAUACCAGAAGAUAACUUCGCUGGAGAGCCAACACAAACGGUCACAGCUGACCGGGGUCUACGGGGAACUGAUGGAACAUAGGAGGAAACUUAAAGACCUCAUCACACGAAAACACCUUCGCAGUCUACAACGCACGAAAGGGUUCUACUAUGCCCACGCUAAUAAGGGGGGGAGAUACCUGGCUAGGCUGCUCAAGGGCCCUACGCCCCGCAGGCAAAUACGACAACUGCGACUGGCCUCGGGUGAGGUGACCCCCUUCCCACAGAAGAUAGCUGAUGAGUUUCGGACCUUCUACCAAAACCUUUAUAACUUACAUCCUCCCCAUCGGAUGACGCUCGAAGCAAGCCACGACGCACGAAUAACAAACUAUUAG